AUGAAUUCAAAAAUCGAGAAGGAAGACGCAGAGUUAUCUUCAGGCAUGACUGGUUCCGAUUCAGACAUUGAGAGAUACUCAGCGCAUGAAAGAGUAGCUUCUUCACGAAAUGAUUUACUCAGAUCCGUUACACAAUAUACAGAAUUGUCUAUGAGUAACGGGGUGGCCGAGGCUAGGGAGGAAAUUAGCAAAACAAAAGGAGGCAUUCCGGAAAGGAAAACUUCCACGUUCCUCUCAAAAGAUGGAACCACAAUCAGAAAAACAUUUGCAAAACAAUACUUUCCAAUCAUUCUCAUAUUAUGCACAUAUCUCUUGGCAGUCUUUUCAAUUUAUUGGGGGGCAAUGUAUAAAAGGUCGACAAGGUUGGUCAACUUGAAAGUACUUGUUUCCGUGGAAAAUGAUCGAUCUGGUGUGAUUACAAACUCCCUUCUUACAGCAAUUAAGAUUCCUGAAAUUCGGGAGAUGUCAGGGUGGACUGUAAGAAACUACAUGAGUGAGGAGGAAAUAAAAAAGCUUGUUUAUGAGCAGAAAUACUGGGGCGCUAUUUAUGUCUCAAGUCCAGAUAUUUCAAGCGAAUUCAUGUCUGGCUUUCAUGGAAACACAUCAGCUGCUAAUUUAACGGCUGUGAAAGGUUAUAUUGAGACUGGAAACGAUAUCAUGGGUGUUCCUAAUUACGUCAAGCCUGCUCUUCUUGCUCUUGAUAGUGCUUAUACGGAGAUAAUGAAGAGUAAAGUGUAUCCGUCGAUUAUUGCCAAUUUGUCCUCUACUGAAUUUUCAGACUUACAGAAGAGCUCAGCUUUGACAAAUUUCCCAGAUAUUGAAAUUACUGAUGGAAAUCCAUUAACAAAUUAUAUUCUAAUGGCACCGAUGCAGGUUGGAUUGAUCUAUAUUAUCAUUUUGUGUCUUUUCCAAAUUCUUUGGUUCAUCAAGCUCAAUGGUGAUCUGGCCCCAUUACUGAAGCCUGUUCACUAUAUAAUAUACAGGCUUGUGAUAUCGCAAUGCAAUUAUCUCAUUCUAUCCUUAUUUUAUGCCACUCUUAACAGAGCGUUUCAGGUGGACAUGCAAAAAGCAUGGAAAGGUGGAUUUGGCGUUUUCUGGAUGUUCUCAUUCCUUAUCAUGUCUGCUUGUGGAGGAGCCUGUGAAGUUAUUGGUACUAUUUCAAUGGCAACACUUCCUCCCUUGAUUGGUUUUUGGCUUUUGUUCUUCAUAAUAUUGAAUGUUUCUGCAACAUUUGCUCCAAUUCAGGUGUGCCCGAAGAUUUUCAGAAUUGCAUAUGCUUUACCAAUAAGAAAUGGCUAUGAUCUCAUGAAAGUUGUUCUUAUGAAUACAUAUAAAGGAUACGUUGGCAGAUGUGUGGGCGUUUUAAUUGCUUGGAUAGUAUUAAACAAUAUCCUUUUUCCAUUCGCUUUGAUCUUUUUUGCCUACAUGUCUAAAAAGAAGAUUAAGAAGCAGGCUGCCGCAAAGCUCGCAAUGGAAGAGGAGAGUAAAAUUAAUACGCAAUAG